CCUCGCGGCUCGCGCUCCCAUUCACUGCUCUCCCCUCUCCCGGCCGUUGGAGCUCUCUCGAUUCGCCAACGCCGCCGCACUAACUCCUCCUCCUCCUCCUCCGCUCCGAUCGGGUUCGUCCUCGAGCAGGUUGGUGAGGCCUCCGCGUCGAUCGAUCGAUCCGUGCUUAAUAUAUUGGAGAGGCAGCAGCGUUGAGUAUAGUUUAUCAGUGGAUUCUUCUUCUGCUGAGGCUGGCCAGGUGAUAAACAAGAAGGGAAGAAAUGGCUGCAGAGGUUGGGCAGAGAUUCUGCAGUGGGUGGUCAUACUCGGAUGUGCCUUACAACGACCACCACGCACAGACAGAUGCUUCAGUUCAGCAAAUGGUACUUGAUCAUGGCUCGGUAUCAUUCGGUAGGUUUGCUGCAGAGUCCUUGUCAUGGGAGAAAAGGUCGGUAUUCGACCAUAACAGACGUCAAGAGGAGCUAAGCAAUCUCACAAUGCCUGGUUUGGUUGCACAAAAGAAGGCAUUCUUUGAAGAAUAUUACAAGAGGGCCAGGCUUUUGAAGGCUCAGGAGGAGGUCAACCAGACUGAAGCCACAUCGGAAGAGGGGACUGAUCACUAUGAUGCUAAUGGCCAUAACAUCCAUGAACAUAAAUUACCUGCAGUUAGUUCUGAAGAUCCAGUGGCUAGCGCUCCAAGCUCUAGUUUUGAACCUUCCACUGGAGUGAGCUCAUCAGGAGAAAAGAAAUGCCAAGACCCUCAUGGGCUAGGGUACUUGACAUUUAAUCCUUUGUUUUCUCAGAUAACAGGAUCGCAAAAUAUUCAGCUGGAGGGUCCUGUCUCUGAUCAAAUGCAUCACGCUGAAGGAGAUUUUCCAUGUGCCACACACACAAAUACCAGAGAUGUACUCAACCAUGAACCUUUGGAGAGAAAGGUUCUUGCACCAAAGCAUAUUGUGUCAAAUGAUAAUGGAGAAAAUGUUGCCGUGUCAAGGAUUGCCUUGCCAAUAGCAAGUCUGCAACGGGAACAUCUGAAAAUUGAUCUUGAGAGGCAGGAACCAAGGAAGAAUGCUCUAAUCAGUAGUAUGCCAACAAAGAGUUCCAAGGAACCAUCAACUUCUGUUAUCCACAUCCCAAGGAUUGAUUCAAUAAGAAAUUCAGAGAACAGGAACUCUUUAGAGUUGAAGGAUCCAUUCCACAAAAGAGUCGAGAUGAAAUUGCGUGCUCUAUCUGAUAGGAUGAAUGCUGAUAAAGCAACAGCAUCUUCUAGAUCAGUUUUUCAUCAGCAUGCUGAAAGAGCUGUGACAUCUUCUAGAUCUUCUAUGACAUCAUGUAGAUCUUCUACAUAUCAAAAUGGUGAUAGAGUUGCGACAUCUUCCAGAUCUGCAUUGGGUCAGAAUGCUGAUAGAGUUCAUGCGUCUUCUAAAUCAGCACAACAAGCUUCUCGUCGAUCUCUUAGAGAACCACAUGGUGCAGUUUCCCUUCCUCGUGCAGCUGUCAACAAAGGAUCACAUGUCUCUCAUGUUGCUCUCAGCAAUAGUACUACUCAGAAGUUUGUUACUAGUCACCCUAAACACUCGGUGAUGCCCAAUUCAUCUCAAAGGGCAAGUACCUUACAUACUACUCAGGUCUCGUUGAAAAGAUCAGCAGGUGUUAGCUCUGUAAACAACAGACCGCAGAAUAAAAGGAAACAGCUUAGCACACCGUCAACAUGGGAUGAAAAUAAGCUGAACAGAGGAUACGCACGCACAUCUGCACCCUCAAGUGCAAGAAGUAGCUCCGUUGGCAUUCUUCCGUACAAAACUGCGAAGGCACCAAAGAUUUCAAAUGGGAAUAAUGUUGUGGUCAAGCAGACUGAAAUGAUGCAGAAGUCAAGAAAUGGAAGCCAUCCUGCUGGAGGAAGGAAUGUCCAGCCAAAGAAUGUUGUAAGCUGCAAUGAGCAAAAGAGAAAGGUAACCCCAUUUCAGGCUAGUAGUCUGUCAUCCAGCACAAGGAACAAUCAGGCAAGCGGUCCAUCGAUGAGUAAGAGCAAGCCAAGACAGGAGAGGCCAAGAUGGCGAUGACGAAAACGAAGACGAUCUUGUCGGAACAAUCAGCUCGGUGCAGAAGUGCAGAUGCGGAUGAUUUUCUGGAUCAGCUUCGGAGCUGCACUUCUUGGAUCAGUUUCACUGUUUCAGACUCUUAGACACACGGCCGUUCUUCUUGGCUAAUGGCUGGUGCAGGGCAAACGAAAGUUUGGAGGCAACACGAGCAGGGUUAGGGAAUUCUUUUUUACCGGACAUAGUUGCUAGUAGUUGCUACUGUAUUUUGAUUGGUUCUGUGACUUCUGUCAAUGUCAAAACAACAUCCAUAAUUCAAUUAUGAUUUAUAAGUAAGAAGAAGGGGGCGGCUUAUUGCACUAAAUAUAUUGCGAUUUGAUUU